AAUGGAAAGCCGGCCAGAGUGUACUCUCUCUCUUUCUUCUCUCUCUAGUUUUCUCUCUCCUAUAGCUAGCUAGCAUAGCAGCUCGCUUGAUGGUGGUGUAUUUGUAUUAAUAAAUAAACUAAAGAAAGGAAACUUCCAUCCUUUCCAUUGAUUGCAUCUGCAGCUACUAGUGGUAGUAUGUACUAGUACUCCAUGCAUAGUAGUGGAUCUCAUUCCCAAUCCCAAUCCCAAUCCCAUUCCCAUUCCCCAUUUCCCAUCGUCCAUGCAAAUUAAAGGGGCAAAUAAAACGCCCUCCUCCCUCCCUCCCUUCUCCUCUUCCUGUCCAAUAAAACGGCAGCCUCUCCUCCUCUCCUCUUCCCCAGUAGUGUCGACCUACUCUCCUAGACUAGAGAAGAAGAAGAGGCAGGAACCUUUCUUGCUUGCUUCCCCCACCCCACCUCCUCUCCGGCCGGCAUGCAAACAUCGUCGGAGCUGCAGCUGCUGGUGGCCCAAAGGAACAAGACCACCAACACCAACACCAAGACGGCGGCGCUCACCACCCUUCUCAUGACGACGCCGACGCCGACGCCGACCUCGUCCUCCACCGACGACCACUCCACCGCCGACCUGGCGCAGGUGGACGACGACAGCCACGGUCACCACCAGCCCCUCGCCGCCGCCGUCAAGCGCAAGCAGCGCACCAAGAGGCCGCGCCACCACCCGCCCGCCGCGGCCUCCUCCUGCGCCUCCGCGUCCGUGUCAUCGUCUGAAAGCACCACCACCGAGGAGGAGGACAUGGCGCACUGCCUCAUCCUCCUCGCCCAGGGCGCCUCCGUCGUCGACUCCAAGCCCUCGCCGCCGGUGGUGCUUCCGUCGUCCACGGCGCCGCACCAGAGCCAGGCGCCGCCGAGGGCCGAGAGGUACACCAGCCGCAAGUACACGGAGGCGGCCGCCACGCCGGACGGCGUCAGGGCCGGCUUCUACGUCUACGAGUGCAAGACCUGCAACAAGUGCUUCCCCACCUUCCAGGCGCUCGGCGGCCACCGCGCCAGCCACAAGAAACCGCGCCUCGCCGCCACCGCCGAUGGCGACAUCGCCGCCGCGGUCAACGUCGACGGCACCACCACCACAGGAACGAUGGCGACCGCGUCGCCGUCCGCACCUCCUCCCCUAGUCGUUCAGCCGCGUCCUCUCCAGACGGCCGCGAUCGACGCCGCCGCCGCCGCCACGGCAGGCGCCUUCCCGGACGUCACCAUCACCACCGCGCUCAGCCUCAGCAGCGUCGCCACCGCGAGCGGCAAGCUGAGGGUCCACGAGUGCUCCAUAUGCGGCGCCGAGUUCGCGUCGGGGCAGGCGCUGGGCGGCCACAUGCGGCGCCACCGCCCGCUUAACGCGCCGGACCGCGCGGUCACCGUCACCACGGCGAUCGUUGCCGCGGACACCACCGGUAACAGCAACAGCAAGAAGGAAAGCAGCGCAGGCAUCAACCUGGAGCUGGACCUCAACCUGCCGGCGCCGUCCGACGAGGAAGCCGUCGUGUCGCGUCUUCCGCCACCGCCGGCCGUCAUGCUCGGUCUCGGCCAGUUCAACGACGGCAAGAAAGCUGGGCUCAUGCUGACAGCCUCAGCACUGGUGGAUUGCCAUUAUUAACGACAUGAGCGCCGCCGCCGGCCCUGCAUCUGAAUGCCUGGCCUAGCUAGCACUAGCAGCCAGAGAGCCUCAUGCAUGCUCGAAUUAUUCUUUUUCUUAUUAACAAACACUGAUUGAUCUCUUUCUUUUCUCUUUAAUUUCUUCUUCUUUUGCUUCUCCUUCUCCUUCUCCUUCUCCUUGGGGAUCAUAAGUCUACCAUGCAUAUCCUCAAUUAUACUUACAAAUUUAUACUCUUAUUUAUAUAUGUAUUAAAUAUGUGUAUCAAUGAAGCUGUAACAUAUAUAUACAAAAUUGAUUCUUUGAAUUCUUUGGUGUAACAAAAACCACUAUAUAUGUUGAGAUGGAUGAGAUUAAUUGCAAUCAAAUACAUAUUGAGAUUAUUGUUC